AUGUCGGUCCGCCUGCAGCCCGGGAAGUACAAGAACACGGUGGGUCCCUGCUGUUGCCCGUCGGAGACCCAGUCGGGCACGGUCGACGUCUCUGAGUGUUGCUGCGACGGAGUGAGCAUCUUCGCACCAUGUCACUGCCUUUGUCACGCUGCGGUGCCCUGUGGCACCUGCUGCAACGAAGAAGGCACCCAGUGCUACUAUGCCUGGGUGUACUGCAGUGGCGCUCACGGCAUGGGCGUAAUCGCGUCCGACGGGGGCAAGAAGUUCGCCACCGACUGGUUUUGCAUGAGCUGCGGCGAAUACGUGCUCGAGGACGCGCCCACGGGCGCUCCUCCGACUAUUGCGAUGGAGCGCUGA